AUGUCUUCUUCGGUGGGGCCCCGCGGCCCUCGCCCACCCACGGUGCCUCCCCCGAUGCAGGAGCUGCCCGACCUGAGCCACCUGACAGAGGAGGAGAGGAACAUCAUUAUGGCAGUGAUGGACCGGCAGAAAGAAGAGGAAGAGAAGGAAGAGGCCAUGCUCAAGUGUUUGUUAAUGGACCCUGAGGCCCCUUCUGCAUGCCAAACUCCUCGGAUGGCCCCCAAUCUGCCACACCAUCAAGCCCCGAGGUUGCAUCAACAAUUUGAAAGUUAUAAAGAGCAAGUAAGAAAAAUAGGUGAAGAAUCCCGCCGCUACCAGGGAGAGCACAAGGAUGAUGCACCAACGUGCGGAAUCUGUCUUAAAACAAAGUUUGCUGAUGGCUGUGGCCAUUUAUGCUCUUACUGCCGGACCAAGUUUUGUGCCCGAUGUGGAGGUCGUGUUUCUCUACGAUCAAACAAUGAGGACAAAGUGGUUAUGUGGGUAUGCAAUUUAUGUCGAAAGCAACAAGAAAUCUUAACAAAGUCUGGAGCAUGGUUUUUUGGAAGUGGUCCACAGCCGCCAAGCAGUCAGGAUGGAGCACUGAGUGAUACAGCUACUGGUGGAAGUUCUGAUGCACCUAGAGAAAAGAAAGCAAGGCUUCAGGAGCGUUCCAGAUCUCAAACUCCCUUAAGUACAGCAGCUGCCUCAUCACAGGAAAUCUCUUCUUCCAGUGUGCAGUCUGACAGGAGGAAAGGAGCAGAAUUAUCACAGCAAGCUAUGGGCCUGGAACAAAAGCAGGCUUCAUCAAGGUCUAGAAGUGAACCCCCGAGAGAGAGGAAGAAGACAGCAUUGAUUUCAGAACAAAAUGGAAAAGUAGGUCUAAAAAGCGAGCGUAAACGUGUGCCAAAGUCUUCACUUCAACAAGGACAAGCAGACGACAGGGAACGUAAAGAAAGGCAUGAAAGUAGAAGGCUGGAGAAAGGAAGGUCACAGGACUACCCAGACUUGCCAGAAAAACCCGAGGAAGGCAAGGUAGCUGAUGAGGAAAAACAAAGGAAAGAAGAUGAGUAUCACACUCGGUAUAGGAGUGACCCAAAUCUGGCAAGGUAUCCUGUGAAGCCACAUCCUGAGGAACAACAGAUGCGUAUGCAAGUAAAAUUUUCUAAAGCACGGCAUGAAAGAAGACACAGUGAUGUAGCUUUGGCACAUACAGAAGUGGAGGAAGCAGAGGUACCUGAGAAUAAAUUAGGAAAACGCUCACAGUUACAGGGAACUCAGGACAGAAAAUCUCUUAUGGAAACUCAGAGAUCAUACUCUAUAGAAAGACCAGGUGAUGUAAGAAUUUCUGUUUCUAAACAAUUAGCUAAUCAUAGUCCACCAACUCCCAGACAUAGUCCAGUUCCUACAGAACACCUAGAAUCCAAGAACCAUGAUUCCUUUAAAAAACAAAGUCGCCUUGAUCCUAGCUCUGCUAUUCUCAUGCGAAAAGCAAAGCGGGAGAAAAUGGAGACCAUGCUAAGGAAUGAUUCCCUUAGUUCUGAUCAAUCAGAAUCAGUGCGGCCAUCCCCUCCAAAGCCUCAUAGAUCAAAAAGAGGUGGAAAGAAAAGGCAGAUGUCGGUCAGUAGCUCAGAAGAAGAAGGGGCAUCAACACCAGAAUAUACUAGCUGUGAAGAUGUGGAAAUAGAAAGUGAAAGUGUUAGUGAAAAAGGUGACUUGGAUUAUUACUGGCUGGAUCCUGCCACGUGGCACAGUAGAGAGACAUCCCCUAUUAGUUCGCAUCCUGUAACGUGGCAACCAUCUAAAGAGGGAGAUCGCUUAAUUGGACGUGUUAUUCUUAACAAGAGAACUACCAUGCCAAAAGAGUCAGGUGCAUUACUGGGGCUAAAAGUUGUUGGAGGAAAAAUGACAGAUUUAGGACGACUUGGUGCCUUCAUUACCAAAGUAAAGAAGGGUAGUCUAGCUGAUGUGGUGGGACAUCUAAGAGCAGGGGAUGAAGUUCUAGAAUGGAAUGGUAAACCCCUGCCUGGAGCUACAAAUGAAGAAGUUUACAACAUUAUUUUAGAAUCAAAAUCAGAACCUCAAGUUGAAAUUAUUGUUUCAAGGCCUAUUGGUGACAUUCCAAGGAUUCCUGAGAGUUCCCAUCCUCCACUAGAGUCUAGUUCAAGUUCUUUUGAAUCUCAGAAGAUGGAAAGGCCUUCUAUUUCUGUUAUUUCUCCAACUAGUCCUGGAGCUCUAAAAGAUGCACCACAAGUCCUACCAGGGCAGCUUUCUGUGAAACUGUGGUAUGACAAAGUGGGGCAUCAGUUAAUAGUAAAUGUUCUACAAGCAACAGAUCUGCCACCUAGAGGAGAUGGGCGUCCCAGGAAUCCUUAUGUAAAAAUGUAUUUUCUUCCAGAUAGAAGUGAUAAAAGUAAAAGGAGGACCAAAACAGUAAAGAAAAGCCUAGAACCAAAAUGGAACCAAACUUUUCUCUAUUCACAUGUACAUCGUAGAGAUUUUAGAGAACGAAUGUUAGAAAUAACCGUAUGGGAUCAGCCAAGAGUACAAGAAGAAGAGAGUGAAUUUCUUGGAGAGAUCCUUAUAGAGCUGGAGACAGCACUUUUAGAUGAUGAACCACAUUGGUAUAAGCUGCAGACACAUGAUGAAUCCUCACUACCUCUGCCUCAGCCAUCACCUUUCAUGCCACGGAGACAUGUCCAUGGUGGAGAAAGCACUAGCAAAAAAUUACAAAGAUCUCAGCGAAUCAGUGAUAGUGACAUCUCAGAUUAUGAUGUUGAUGAUGGUAUUGGAGUAGUUCCUCCAGUAGGUUAUAGAUCUAAUACUAGAGAAAGUAGAUCUACAACGUUAACUGUGCCAGAACAGCAAAGAACAACACAUCAUCGUUCACGAUCUGUAUCUCCUCACCGUGGUGAUGAUCAGGGCAGGACCCGUUCACGUUUACCAAAUGUGCCAUUACAGAGGAGUUUAGAUGAAAUUCAUCAAAUGAGAAGAUCACGUUCUCCAACUAGACACCAUGAUGCCUCCCGAAGUCCAGUUGAUCGCAGGUCCAGAGACAUGGAUAGUCAGUAUUUGUCAGAUCACGAAAGUGAGCUUCUUAUGCUGCCCAGAGCAAAACGAGGAAGAAGUGCAGAGUGCCUACAUACCACCAGAAAUUCUGUUAGGCACUAUAAAACAUUACCACCCAAGAUGCCUUUACUAGAGAAUGGUACUCACUGGAAUAUUUACAGCUCAACUCUGCCUGCAUGUGCUAAAACCAAAUCAGUGAUUAGACAGGAUAUUUCGCUCCUUCGUGAUUGCCUUAAUGCACAAAUACCGAGAUUUACAGAUGAACUAUUGGUUAGUGAACUACAGCCCUCCCUUGACAGGGCUAGGAGUGCUAGUACCAACUGCUUGAGACCAGAUACUAGUUUGCAUUCACCAGAACGAGAAAGGGGUAGAUGGUCCCCCUCCCUAGAGAGGAGACGACCUACUAGUCCCAGGAUUCAUAUCCAGCAUGCAUCUCCGGAGGAUGACAGGCAGUCCAGAAAAGUGGAAAGAUAUAACAGCCAAAAACAGACUAGGAAAGACUCUGCAUCUGAAACAGAAAGGGUUCUGCUACCAUGUCUUUCUAGAAGGGGACUUCCAACCCCAAGAACAACUGAGCAGCCAGUCAUUAGGGGAAAACAUCACACUCGCUCAAGGUCGAGUGAGCAUUCUAGUAUCAGACCAUUAUGCUCUGUACAUCAUCUAGUUCCAGGAGGGUCGGCGCCACCUUCUCCACUUCUGACAAGAAUACACCAACAAGGAAGUCCAACUCAGUCACCUCCUGCAGACACAUCAUUCAGCAGUCGUAGGGGAAGACAGCUUCCGCAAGUUCCAGUAAGAAGCAGCAGUGUAGAGCAAGCAAGCUUAGUAGUGGAGGAACAAACGCGACAGAUGAAAAUGAAAGUGCAUCGUUAUAAUCAGACAACAGGGUCUGGUUCUAGCCAAGAAUAUGAGCGUGAGCAAUAUACCAAGUAUAACAUACAAACAGAUCAGUACAGAAGUUGUGAUAACGUCUCUGCCAAAUCAUCAGAUAGUGAUGUGAGUGAUGUGUCAGCCAUUUCCCGUACCAGCAGUGCCUCACGCCUCAGCAGCACAAGCUUUAUGUCAGAGCAAUCUGAGCGCCCUAGGGGCAGAAUCAGUACGUUUACCCCUAAAAUGCAAGGCAGACGGAUGGGGACAUCAGGGAGAAUCAUCACAAAAAGCACAAGUGUGAGUGGAGAGAUGUACAAACUGGAACAUAAUGAUGGGAGUCAAUCAGACACUGCUGUCGGGACAGUUGGAACAGGUGGGAAGAAAAGACGAUCCAGCCUCAGUGCCAAAGUGGUUGCCAUAGUAUCUCGAAGGAGCAGAAGCACAUCCCAACUUAGCCAAACAGAGGCUGGCAACAAGAAGCUAAAAAGCACGAUACAGAGAAGCACAGAAACAGGGAUGGCAGCAGAAAUGAGGAAUCGUAUGGUUCGGCAGCCAAGUCGGGAGUCCACUGACGGCAGCAUAAACAGUUACAGCUCUGAGGGGAACCUAAUAUUCCCUGGAGUGCGGCUGGGUGCUGACAGUCAAUUUAGUGAUUUCCUUGAUGGCCUUGGACCUGCACAGUUAGUAGGUCGACAGACACUAGCAACCCCUGCUAUGGGUGAUAUUCAGAUUGGAAUGGUGGAUAAAAAAGGCCAGUUAGAAGUAGAAGUCAUUAGAGCCCGAGGCCUCACGCAAAAACCUGGCUCCAAAUCUACCCCAGCUCCCUAUGUCAAAGUAUACCUGUUGGAAAAUGGAGCCUGUGUAGCCAAGAAAAAGACAAGAAUUGCACGGAAAACACUUGAUCCUCUGUACCAACAGACACUGUUUUUUGAUGAAAGUCCACACGGUAAAGUCCUUCAGGUGAUAGUUUGGGGAGACUAUGGCCGAAUGGAUCACAAAUGCUUCAUGGGUGUUGCACAGAUCCUUCUGGAGGAACUUGAUCUGUCCAGUGUAGUAAUAGGAUGGUAUAAAUUAUUUCCACCCUCAUCACUAGUGGAUCCAACCUUGACUCCCCUGACCCGCAGGGCUUCCCAGUCAUCUCUGGAAAGUUCAACUGGGCCUCCGUGCAUUAGAUCAUAG